AUGUCGAUGCAAAAUUUGCUUGAAAAAUCUAACUCCAGUCGUGAUGUCUACGAAUGUAUGGGAGAAACAUACUGGUUGCCGCCAAAAGAAUUGGAAGAAGAGUAUUAAGCUCAAGGGCACUGAGAAGCCUCUCUUUAAACUUCUUGAAGAGAUACCUGAAGGAACUGGCAUAUCUUCUAUUGCAAGUGAAAUUCAGCAGGUUUCUUCUGUUGAUACAUCUGACCAGCCAGCUGCUGAAACAUCUGACCAGCCAGCUGCUGAAACAUCCUACCAGCAAGCUGCUGAAACAUCUGAGCUAGCUGCUGUUACAUCUGAUCAGACAUCUGCAAGCCUCUCUUAUGCGAUGUCGGGAAACAAGCAGUCGCAAAAAUCAAAAGUCUGCAUCUUACAUGAUUAUGAUAGGAUGAAGUCCCAUCAGGAUAAGGACACUGAUCAUAAAUAUGAAAAGGCAUCUAGGAUUUCUGAAAUAAUGAAUACAUUGAAUCAAGAUGGUGUUCUUGACAGAACUGAGAGGGAACCGUUUGAUAGUGCUGAUCGUGAGAUAAUUCUGGCUAUCCAUGAUCCUGAGCAGUUGGAUUAUGUUGAUGAUUUGCCAUUGACAGAUGAGGAGCAGGACGCAAAUUUUUCUAAAGUGGCUGGAGUUAGUGUAUUCUCUUCUGAAGGAACUACCGAAGCUAUUUACAGUGCAGCUGGGGCCGUGAUAAGGGGUUCCGACCUUGUGGUUGAAGAGUAUUAUGAGACUGCUUUUGCAAUAAUCAGACCUCCAGGGCAUCAUGCUUAUAAGAUUUCUGAAGGUUUCUGCUUUUUGAACAACGUUGGUAUAGCUAUUCAACAUGUUGUUGACCACCAUUUGAGAUAUUACAUUGUGCUCUUUAUUUUUCAGAAUUAUUAUUCCUCCACGAAUCGUUGUACUUCUUUUUAACAAGCCUAAAGAUCGUUGUAUUGAAUUUGUACAUUUAGUUACGAGACCUACCUUUGGGUAAAAUAUCCAGUGCUACGGUUCAUGAGAUGAUACCAUGCUCCAAGACCAUGUGGUGAGUCAGAUCUGCAUGAAAUGGACAGGAUCAUUUCACUAGUCUAUUUACAUA